CCCAACCGCCACCCGAGCCAAGGCGAGGGCUGAAGGGGAGGAAGAGCAGCCGCAGGUCACUGGGGUUAACGCAGAGCGUAGGAGCCGGAGCCGGAGGGCAACAGUCACGCAGACCGGACUUCUGCGUUUCCUCAGGCAUCCUGAACAUCUGGCACAGCUCCAGGAAGUUGCCCGAACCGGGGGGGUUUCUGGUAAGCCCAUCCCUCAGCACAGCGCUCUCCAGACCCUGCCAGGUUGUUCUGGCCUUGGGGCCCCAGGAAGGCAGCCGCCAAGAGCCCGCGACGUUUGCUCGGCCCAACUGAUGCGUGCUUUGGGGCGUCUUUGUCACAGAUCAAAGGAACCAUGGAUUCCCCAACUUUACCUUAAAACUCAACUUACACCACUUUAAAACAAGGACGAUCAAGCUAGAUACUAAUCUUCACAUCAAAUAGGUCACUCUAUGCUUGGAGCUCAUUUGCCUUGCAAAUACUCUAUUGUUACAUGCUGGGUCCCUCCCCACUCACUUAAAUGACUAACUCCACCCCAAAAAAGAAGAACUUUUGCCGAAACUGCUGGAGGAGAGAGAUCCUGCCCCUGAAACCAUGGGGCCUGUCAGCUACUCCUCAGAGACCUACGACUUGAGCCAGGUGGAGCUGAGCGGUUACUACGAAGCUGACAACACCACCCCUUCUUUGGACGGCUACUUCUGCUUCAACCCAGCCUCCUCUGUCGUCGGCAACCAGAGAGACCCUUUCAGAAAGAUCUUCAUGCCCCUCAUCUAUCUGCUGAUGUUUGUGUUGGGGACUGCGGGCAACGCCCUGGUCCUAGUCAUCCUGGAGAGGUUCAAGCGCUCUCGCACUACCACCGAAAACUUCCUCUUCCACCUGACCCUGGCCAACCUGGUACUGCUGCUUACCUUCCCCUUCAGCGUGGUGGAGAGCCUGGCCGGGUGGGUGUUUGGGACUUUCCUCUGCAAGAUCCUCAGCGCCGUCCACAAGAUCAACUUCUACUGCAGCAGCAUGCUGCUGGGGUGCAUCGGGGUGGACCGCUACCUGGCCAUCGUCUACGCCAUCCACACCUACCGGAAGCGCAGAGCUCGCUCCAUUCACCUCACCUGCGCGGGCGUCUGGCUCUGCUCUGUGCUCCUGACCUUACCCGAUCUCAUCUUCAUGGAAGUCUGGACAGACGAGAGCAAUCGCAGCAUUUGCUAUUUCCCAGAGGUUGGCAUCCACGGCAACAACGCGUGGCUGGCGACCCGCUUCCUGUACCACACCGUGGGCUUCUUCGCGCCCCUGCUGGUCAUGGGUUACUGCUACAUGGCCAUCGUGAGGACCCUGUGCCAGUCCCAGCGCCUGCAGAGGCAGAAAGCCGUCAGAGUAGCCAUUCUGGUGACCGGCGUGUUCCUGCUCUGCUGGAGCCCCUACCACAUCGUCAUCUUCCUGAACACGCUCGCCAAGCUGGAAGCCUUCAGCAAGAACUGCCUCCUGGAAGACCGGCUGGACACGGCCAUCAUGGUGACGGAGGCCGUCGGCUUCACGCACUGCUGCCUCAACCCCCUGCUCUACGCCUUCAUCGGCGUCAAGUUCCGGAACGACUUCUUCCGCAUCCUGCAGGAGCUCAGCUGCAUAAGCCAGGAGACCCUGCAGGAGAUUCUGGAGGUGGCGAGGAAGGGCAGCGGCAUCGAAUCCGACAACACCACCUCCAUCUCCACUUUCUGACCGCGGAGGGCUGAGCGCGGGGUGGAGACGGCCUGGGUCGUGCCUUCCCAACGGCACGCGUGCUGCGCUCUCAGCCCUGCGUCCCCACCACUUUAUUUGCUCCCCAGGAAGCUGAGGUUUAACAGCCACCUAACGCCCAACUUCUGCCAAACGCUCCCUGGUUCAGCGGGUUCAAGCGCGCAGAGAAAUCUGCCCGGCAGCUCUUGGCGAACGCUGGCUCUGUCUCGCGGUCCCUCCGGCAGGGCUGGACGACCCCGGGCAAGUUAAACCCGACCCGGCCCCUCUCCCUGGAAGAACUGACUGCGGGACCCUGCGCGCACAGCCGGACGCCGGGCUGGGCCGGGGGGAGCAGCGAGAAGGACCAGCCGGGGAAAGGUGGGCGUGCGUCAGCCAGCGAGGACCGAGAACAGCAGCAUUGCACCCGCUCGGGUCCUCGGAGACGCGCACAAAGGAAGCAGUGCGGGUCGCUUACCGCAGGUAGCCGGAACGAGGGACGCGGGUAGGAGCAGAGGGGGACGUAGAGCUAAGGCCAGUAAUACGGGCGGACGGUGCAGGACAGUCCCUGGCUGGAAAGUUGCUCCUCCCGCUGCGGGGGGUCCCCCCGUCCGGCCCUGCUGCACAACAGCCCCCGGCUGUGGCACACCGCUCUCCCAGCACGGCUCACGCCAGCAGGCCCUGCCGCCCACGCAGGGAUUCGACUGCCGCGGACCCUUCUCCUGCUGCCAGCCGCACCUUGUCCCGCUUGCUUUCCCUGUCCUGCUGCUGUUAAUAGCUGCAGUGAGCGGACUUGCUGAAGCGAGUGCCUGAGUAUGCAGAGGUUUUCUUUCAAGGAAGAAAAUACUGUCUGAACAGAUGGCUUCGGUCUUGCGACGGGGCGCAGAGAAGAUGAACCACCUACCUCUGCGAGGCUGAAGGUGUGACGUUUCUUUUGCAGCAGGUCGGACAACUCGCGUGGCUUCUGAGAGCGAGGAGUGCCAUUACCCCCGAGUAAGGCAGACCGCAGGAGGAAAAGAGCCAAUCUGCAUCAUUUCUGUUUGUUUUUCCUGGCAGAGAGGGAAUGUAACAUUUUGCUUUGCUUCGCACUGUGCUUUCAGAUACUCUUGCUCUACCUGCAUCUGUAAAGGCUUUUAGAAGUUUAUAACGCGUUCAGGUUUACACAGAACGAACUUGGGCACUGAUCUUGCCCUGAACCGUGGGUAUUGCGACUGCCCAGACCAGGGCUGCUCCAUAACAGCUUGCUCCAAAAUGAGAGCGGCAGUUUUACGCCAUCAUAAAUUUUCCCACUGCAAGCUGGCAUACCGGGCAGACUUGCUUAGCCGGCUGCUCGCUACCAGGUGUUGUCACAGCAGUGCGUGUACAGUGCUACUUCCUUACGUUUUCUCCUUAUCUAAACGUUACUUUGGCCCAAACUGUGCUAUAGGUACAAACCUUCACGCUAGCGUGAACCUGACCACAAGCACACUUUAAAAGCAGCUCUGCAAGUCACCUCACCUUUUAGGCAAAGUCAGAACAGUAUUAAUUCUACAGCUGCAGCAAGACUGUUGUGCUAAACAUCACUUCUGUAGCUCAGCCUACUAACAAAAUGCUCACUUACAGCCUCACUUUGCCAAAUCCCAGGGCCCUCUAGAGAGACUAAUUGUUAUGUGAGGAGUCGCGUUUGACCUGUCCAGCUCAGGAGGGGAUCCGAGCAAGCUGCUGACAACCUCUGAUGUGAGGAGAAAACUCUCCAAAUUUAAGGGUCUUACACAAAGCAGGGACAGUCCACCAUUUCCUGCAGCGCUGCACCUUCGAUGCUGAAACCUUCGGGUGAUGGUGGCUGUGGUCGUCCAAGCACGCGUGCACAGCAGAGGAGGAAAAGCCCUUUGAAGUCAGUCCUUUUCACCUCUGCGUUAGCACUGGCCAGGGAAGCAAUUGCAGAUGUCUUGUAAGCGCCUCGCUCACCACCCCCGGUUCAGACGGGAAUUGUGUCCACAUGCAAAUGGUACUGAAAAAACGAUCAGUCAGAUUGUAAAUUAUUACAGUGUCUGUGAAGUAAGAGGGAAAUUUGCACACAAAAUACGGGUGAACGGGUUACGCAUCUACUUUUCCUGUAGUUCUUAGUACUGGCAUCGUGGUAAACUUCUAAGUGAUCUACAAUAAAGAGCUAAAUAACGUGUUUUCUCUUCUCCCCGUGUAUCACGCUCGCGUGCAGUUGGCUGCAGUUGUCGCUUUGGAAGGGAAGUGCAGCACAGAGCACAAGUGGGUUGGUGGCACCUCCCUGACAAGCGUGCCCGUUCGCACCCGGAGACCACAGACCUCGUGCGUUUACGUAAGACUUCCUCAGACUUCUGCUCAUCAGCGCUGCAGGAGGCUCCGCUAGGUGAGAAGACAGUCAGGACCCGUAUUUAGCGCUCUGCUUUACAGAGACUCUUCCUCUAACUGCAGCACUUCCUACCGCAGUUUUACAGCGUCUACUAACCGUAGCGAAAACCUACCUUUAACUAGGGCUUGGAUUCGCCGGCCUGCGGCGAGGCGAGGCGCAGAGCCGGGCAGAUGCUUCGGCGGCGGAGCGCAGCAAACUGCACAGCGACCCGGGAGCGCGCGGGAGCCUGCGGAGCGCCGAGCCUCCCCGCGCGGUUACGGGAGAAGCGGGCACGCAGUAAAAGGCUCACAUCCACGGCGCUCUCGUUAAGGUCCCUGAGACGAGACCACGUCUUAAUUCUCGUUAACAAACUCCUAUAACGCGCUACGAUUCUCCUCUCUGCCCUGGACUCCUUAAGGAGCAGCCGGAGAUGUCUCCUGUACGGAGACGGUA